AUGCUCAAAACGGCCCUAAACCCCACCAUCGUAACCCUCAACACCAUUGUUAACGGGCUCUGUGUAGAAGGCAAAGUGGCACAAGCUUUGAAUUUAACCCGCCACAUGGAAAACGCGGGUUAUCAACCUAGCGGUUACACUUUUGGAGCAUUGGUUAACGGUUUGUGUAAAAUCGGAGACAUGGUUAAUGCUGUUGUUUGUCUUAGGAACAUGAUUGAGAGAAACUAUGAACCAAACGUUGUUGUUUACAAUGCAAUCAUGGAUGGUUAUUGUAAAGGAGGGUUUGUUUCAGAGGCUUUGGAUUUGUUCAGAGAAAUGAAUGAAAAAGGUAUAAACCCUAGUUUGGUUACUUAUAAUUGUUUAAUUCAAGGGCUCUGUUGUAAUUCUCAAUGGAAAAAUGUUUCUUUUUUGUUGAAUGAGAUGAUGGAAAAGGGAAUUAUGCCUGAUGUUCAUACUUUUACUAUUUUGGUGGAUGGUUUUUGUAAAGAAGGGUUGAUUUUGGAGGCUAAGAGUGUAAUUUGUUUCAUGGUGCAAAUAGGAGAGGAACCUAAUGUUGUGACUUAUAAUUCAUUGAUUGGUGGUUAUUGUUUGAUGAGUCAAAUGGAUGAAGCUAUGAAGGUUUUUGAUUGGAUGGUUUUAAGGAAGUGUUUGCCUAGUGUUGUUACUUAUAAUUCAUUGAUUCAUGGUUGGUGUAAGGUUAAAGAUGUUGAUAAAGCUAUGUGUUUGUUGAGUGAAAUGGUUAGUGAAGGUUUGUGUCUUGAUGUUGUGACGUGGACAACACUUGUUGGUGGGUUUUGUGAAGUUGGUAGACCUUUGGCUGCGAAAGAGUUGUUCUUUACAAUGAAGGAAUAUGGUUUGGUUCCUAAUCUCUUGACUUGUACUGUUGUAUUGGAUGGUUUGAUUAAAUGUUAUUUUCGUUACGAGGCGAUGUUGUUGUUUAGAGCUAUGCAGGAGAGUGAUUUAGAUCUUGAUAUUGUCGUUUAUAAUGUUAUGAUUGAUGGUUUAUGUAAAGAUGGAAAGUUGAGUGAUGCAAAGAAGGUCCUUGCGCGUCUUUUGGUGAAAGGGUUGAGAUUUGAUUCGUAUACUUAUAAUAUAAUGAUUGGAGGUUUAUGUAGAGAAGGAUUGUUAGAUGAUGCUGAAGACUUGCUUAGGAAAAUGGAAGAGAAUGGAUGUUCACCUAAUGCAUGCUCUUAUAAUAUCUUUGUUCAGGGAUUGCUGCGAAAAAGUGAUUUUUUAAGGUCAAGUAAAUACCUACAAAUAAUGAAAGACAAAGGAUUUGCAGUGGAUGCUACUACCACAGAGUUGCUUAUAGGCUUUUAUUCUGUUGAUAAAGAAAGUAAUGCAUUUUAA